CCUUGGCGAAGAGCGUCUACUUAGGCGUCGCCGUGUCGUCUUGCUCCCGCGCCGGCACGAGUAGAGGUUUCGUGUGGCGGCGUCGGCGGCGGCGUCUCUCUCAUUUGAACGCUGAGAGCGACAGCUUCUCGUCUGCGGCCUGAUCUCUAAACCUAGAGCAAAGCGGCGAGAUGACUGACCGGUACACCAUCCACAGCCAGCUGGAGCACCUGCAGUCCAAGUACAUCGGCACGGGCCACGCCGACACCACCAAGUGGGAAUGGCUUGUGAACCAACACCGGGACUCCUACUGCUCCUACAUGGGUCACUUCGACCUCCUCAACUACUUCGCCAUUGCGGAGAAUGAGAGCAAAGCGCGCGUGCGCUUCAACCUGAUGGAGAAAAUGCUGCAGCCCAGCGGGCCACCGGCGGACAAGCCCGAGGAGAACUGAGGCGAGCGUCUGCCAGUCUUCCCCAUGUGCCAGCAGUGCCGAUCCUCCUUGCUCCUGCUUCUCCACGUUCUGUGUCGGGUGUCUCGCCUGACCUGCUGACCUAUGGACGAUUCCGAACAAGUCAUCGAGAGACUGUCGGGUCCACUGGGAACUGUGUGGAAGGAGCGGUCCAAGAAUCGGCAAGCGAGGGAGAAGACUGAACGGGAGUGAUGACGAAAAGUCCUGGCUUCUCGAUAGUUGAUUGUCGUUCGUUGCC